AUGACGAUAUUUAAUGGGACUGCUGAAGACAUCCGUCUUGAGGAAGACCGUUUAAGAAAGAAGUACUGGAAACGCUGGGGGCCAUAUUUGGGUGAAAGACAAUGGGCGACAGUCCGCGAAGAUUAUUCACAUGAUGGUAACGCUUGGAGUGAUUUCACUUUUGAAGAUUCGAGGUCUAGAGUCUACCGUUGGGGUGAAGAUGGGUUGGCAGGGGUUGCUGAUAGCCAUCAAUUGGUUUGUUUUUCCAUUGCUCUUUGGAAUGAAAAUGACGAUAUUCUCAAAGAAAAAGCUUAUGGGGUCGGUGGUCCUCAAGGUAAUCACGGUGAAGAUGUCAAAGAGUAUUAUUUCUAUCUUGAUAACGUUCCUACUCACUCAUAUAUGAAAUACUUGUAUAAGUACCCUCACAAGAAAUUCCCGUACGAACAGUUGAUCAAAGAAUCUACUACCCGCUCGAGAUUAGAACGCGAGUUCGAACUUAAAGAUACCGGAAUCUUUGACGAUGACAACUACUUUGACAUCUUGUUCGAAUUGGCCAAAGACGAUGAAGACCCAGAAGUUUUGAAUUUUAGAAUUACCGCCUAUAAUCGUGGUGAUCAACCGGCACCACUUCAUGUUUUGCCUCAAGUUUUUUUCAGAAAUACUUGGGGUUGGAACACUAUUGAAGAAGAAAAUCGACCAAAACCACAUUUACAAAAAGAAUCGGCUGAGGCGUCAAUAAAGUUGAAUCAUUGGAAGUUUGGUGAAAGACGGGUUGUGUUUGCACCAUCGGCAGGGAUCUCCAAAGAUGUCGAACCAAAACUUUUAUUCACUGAUAAUGAAACCAACAAACAGAGAUUAUACAAACAACCAAACGAAUACAAGUAUGUUAAGGACGCAUUCCAUGAUUAUAUUAUCGAGGAAGAUGAAAGCGUGGUCAACCCAAAGGAACAAGGUACCAAAGCAUGUGCUUGGUUUGCGUUCGAUGAAAAUGGAGGUAUCCCGCCAGGUGAUCAUGUCACCAUUCGUUAUAAAUUCUACCCGGUGGAUGAAGCUAAUAAACUGUUGGUAGAAGAUAUUGAUGAAGAGGAAUUUGAUGAAUUGUUUGGCCGCAAGCAAGAUGAGGCGGAUAAAUUUUAUUGGAGAAUUUCUCCUUUGCCAAUCAGUCCUGAAUUGAGAAAAGUUCAAAGACAAGCGUUUUCAGGUUUACUUUGGUCGAAACAGUAUUAUCAAUUCAUUUGGGACUAUUGGUUCAAUGGUGAUAGAGGCUCGGAAACUAAGCCUCCAAAGAACAGAGCCAACCAUAGAAAUUCUCACUGGCAACAUUUGUAUUGUGAUGAAGUGUUAUCUAUGCCUGACAAAUGGGAAUAUCCUUUCUUUGCUUCUUGGGAUACCUGUUUCCAUUGUAUUCCUUUGACAAUGAUCGAUCCUGAAUUUGCUAAAAAUCAAAUCGAAAUCUUUUUGAAAGAAUGGUACCAACAUCCAAAUGGGGCCUGCCCAAGUUACGAGUGGUCGUUUGAUGAUUUGAACCCUCCGGUGUUUGCUUGGUCGGCAUUUAGAGUUUAUAAAUUGGAAAGAAAGAUGCAUGGACGCCAAGACAAGGAGUUUUUGGAAAGGGUUUUCCAUAAGUUACUUUUAAAUUUCACAUGGUGGAUCAAUAGAAAAGAUUCCGAUGGGAAUAACGUGUUUGAAGGAGGAUUCCUUGGUCUUGAUAAUAUUGGUAUUUUCAAUAGAUCCGAGCCUUUACCAACCGGUGGUGUUUUAGAACAAGCGGAUUCUACUGGUUGGAUGGCAUUUUAUUCUCUUCAAAUGUUGAAUAUUGCUUUAGAAUUGGCCAGGGAUAAAAAAGUUUAUGAGCAUAUUGCCUCGAAGUUUUUUGAACACUUCUUGUUGAUUGCCGACGCCAUGACUUAUAAAUCUGAAGAAGGUGAUAAGUCAUUAUGGGAUGAAAGCGAUAAGUUCUAUUAUGAUGCCAUUAAGUACCCAGAUGGCUAUAAAGAGUUGUUACCGGUUAGAUCAUUGGUUGGAUUGAUUCCUUUGUAUGCUUCUUUGACAAUUGAACCAGAAUGGUUACAAAAAUUCCCAGGGUUCAAGCACAGACUUGAUUUCUUACUUGAAAGGAGAAGUGAUAUUGCUAAACGUAAUAUUGCCAGUACCACUGAAAGAGGGGUUGGUGAGCGUUUAUUAUUGGCACUAGUCAACAAGGAAAGAUUGAAGGCGAUUUUGGAAAAGAUGCUUGAUGAAGAUGAGUUUUUAUCUCAUUACGGUAUCAGAUCAUUAUCGAAAUACCAUGAAGCACAUCCAUUUAGCAAAGUGGUUCACGACCAAAAAUACGAAGUGAAAUAUUUACCUGGGGAAAGUGAUAGUGGGCUUUUUGGUGGUAAUUCCAAUUGGAGAGGUCCAAUUUGGUUCCCGGUGAAUUUCUUAUUAGUGGAAUCUUUGCAAAGAUUCUAUUUGUAUUAUGGUAAUACUUUCCAAGUGGAAUGUCCAAAAGGUUCUGGAAAUAUGAUGAACUUGGCCCAAGUUGCAGAAUUCAUUCAACAUCGUCUUAUCAGGAUUUUUGUUCCUGAUUCAAUGGAUGUUAGGGCAUGCAAUGAUGCUGAUAAUGAUUUGCAUAACUACGAUCCAUAUUUCAAAGACUAUGUUUUAUUCUAUGAAUAUUUUGAUGGGGAUACUGGUAGAGGGCUAGGCGCGUCGCACCAAUGUGGUUGGACCGCGUUGGUGGCCAAGUUAAUUCACGAUGUGGGUAUUUCUUGUGUCACCACCAGUUCUCCAAAGACUCCAAGAACCAUUACUGCCCAAUACCUUGAUGAAGAAGGAUUGUUCAAAGAAACUGCUAGUCCAUUCUCCAGUAAAUUGAUGAGACGUCGGUCUUACAAAUCGAGUGCUAAUUUGAUGUCUUCGGGAUACGGGUCCCCAACUAAAGAAUCGAUGGGGCUUUUCCCUAUUUCUAGAAGACAUACCUUGCAUUCUGAUUUGGGUGAUGAAAACCAAGGAGGCAUUACUGAUGAAAUUUCGAAUCUCCCACCAACUAUUUCCAGACGUAGCACAAUUUCUGCGGCUCAAGAUGCCAGUAGAGAUAAGGAUUUGUUUGAACAAAUUAGAAAUGCAAUUCAACAUUACAAUCUUAAAAGGGAAACUGGUGAAGAUGAUGUUUCCAGUGAUGAAUUAGAAGCCCAAUUCCAAUAA